UUUCGGGCUGAAUCAUGGGCUACCUUCAGCCUGGCGAGGAAGGUCAUGCAUUAAGGUAAGCCCGUGAUUCAGCCCGCGAUUAUCCGCGCGAUUCGGAUUCACUCCAAUAAAUUUAAAAAAACACGGACACCACCAAAGUUUUUCAAAUUUGCUGUCUGUGAUGCCAGGUCCCUCAGCUGAGUUCAUCAUGCCAGAGAAUGCAGAUAACAUUGGUGAAGAAACUCAACCUGCAGCUCAUGUUGAGAGAAGUGAAGUGCAGGCAUGCAUUAUUAACAGAACUUUGAUUGGCUUCUUCUUACUUGGACUGUGCACGCAAUUGCCCUACGCUAUAAUGAAUACUGCAGCAAAUACAAUAGUUGGAAGCUUCAAUGAAAGUAGUUUUGUGGCAACUGUGUAUGGAGCUGGAAAUGGGGCCACGGUAGUAGUCAAAAAUGUCAAUGCAUUUCUGUUAUUCCGUGUGUCUUACGGUGUUCGAUUCCUUGCAAACAGUGCCAUCAUGUUAUCUGGAAUAUCUGGAUUGGCAUUUUCAGGAUCAUUCGCCCUUGCUAUAAUUUCAAUUGUACUUGUUGGUGCGUCACAUGCUUUUGGAGAAAAUAUUGCUUUGGGCUACCUAUCAAGAUUUGACAGUCAAAAUGUGGCAGCUUGGGCUAGUGGCUAUGGAUUAGCAGGACUUCUAGGAGCUGUUCUGUAUGUUUUAUUCGGUUGCUUGAUAAGUGAGGAGUAUUCCCAAGACAUGAGAAAUUUGGAUAAGUGGGCUUUCAUCAGUGUUGUACCAGCUGUGGUUGUAUAUCUUGUAGCAUCAUUACAUCUCAUCAAGGAACAUUGUGGUUUUCCACAGCAGAGAACAUCUACACAAAGGCUUUUGAAUCCAAUUUCAACUGAUAAUGAAGCAACGCCACUGUUAGAAAACACCACAGAUAUUUUACGAGUUCAACAUGAAUCACAUCCUGGUGAAACACCAUCAGCAUUGAAUAAUGACCUUAGCAGUAAUGAGGAGACAAAUUGUGACAGAAAUGAGAGCAUAUGUAUGCUUCCACAUGCACCUCCUACCAAGAAAAUCAAGGCAUUCCUCCUCCAAAUCAAGAGAUGCUUCAAACUUGUUGUGUGGUUAGCAUUCAAUUUGGCAAUUGUACAGUUUUGCAGUUACAACAUAAGAGUGUCUGCUGCCAAGGCGGUAAAGAAACAAAAUGGGACAAAAUGUCCAGAACUGUAUGCAUCGUUACAACUGUGCUUUCAGGCAGGUGUCUUUGCUUCACAGUCUUCACUUCCUAUACAUAAGAUCAAACGAGUGGGUCUUCUGACGGCUGUAAUGACCAUUAAUAUGCUACUGUGGGUCAUUAAUGACUGGUUCAAAUUUCUUCCAGAAGCACUUUUGCCAGCUUUAAUGGUCGUAGCUGGUGGACUUAGGGGAGCAGUGUAUGUGAAUGUAUUCUACUUGAUAAGGACUGAUGGAGGAUUUCCAGAUGAAGACAGAGAGAUGUGUGCAAAUGUUGCUGGCAUUUUUCUUACCAUAGGAUUAUCACUGAGCUGCAUUUUACAGACAGUAUUAUUCAACACAGCUUUGUUACUGUAUUGAAGCAUGCGUACAACAGCUCUUUUACAUUUAUCCAGCAGAAAUGAAGUGACUGUGCUCACGUCAGUGGUAAAUUUUAUUACUUAUAAUUUAUAUCUAAAAACAAUGUCAACUUUAAUUGUCAUGAACGUUUUCCUCUGUACCCCUCAGUUCCUGUUCGCCACUUCCCAGGUUGUAUUGUGUCAUUGUGGCAUGAUCCCUGGCUACAUUAUGUUUCAGGUUUCAGCCUCUGCCUAGCACCCCUGAAUAAAGAUAUUGACAAAUUGGAAGAGCCACCAACAUAUGGCUGGAUAGCUCAGUUGAUGGAGCACUGGUACGGUGUUCCGGAGGUCAUAGGUUCAAAUUCUGCUCCAGUCAGUUUCUUUGUUCAUCUUUAUAAUGCUUUAUUUUUGAUUGCGGUACUGGCAAAUAACUGUUAUAUUGUUUUAUAAAGCCCUGAAAAAGCCAGGAUUUUAACAUCGCAUCCAUAAAACUCAUCAAAUUUUUCAUUUAUAAGGACAGACAUUUCCAGUUCAGUGUCUUCCCUUUGGCCGAUCCACACAGCAUCACAGGUCUUCAUGCCGUCUUAUGUAAUAGAAACUCCCAAAUCUGCACGGAUUUGCUCCAGAGUAAUUGUGUUAAUAGCCUAUUUACUAGAUCAGCCAUAAAAAUGAAAUGGGACAAGUUACAGAUAGAAUCCCUCUAUUGUCAUGGAGUGUGCAGUGUUGAUGUUCCUUUCAGCGGAAGUGCAAGCACAUGUGGUACGUGUAGGUACAUGUAGGUGUAUGUGAAUGUACCAUAGAAACUUCCUGCAGAUUUGGGAGCUUCUAUAAGUACAUGUGAGAAGUGUGUGUCGUGAGAAAUGUGUGCAAUUUGGCGUAAAAACUCACACCUCUCAGAUGUACUUGUAGAAGCUUACCUUGUCUAUGUGUCUCUGUUGGAAUUUUGUGUCCUUCCAUGGUUUGAGCAUUGGCCCUGUCCUUUGUCGAAGAAAUUUUUUUCCUCCAAUGUGAUUGAGAAAUUUAUAUUCCUUUAAACUUUGUGUCUCCAGCGAUUGACUUGAUUCCUUGCGUUCACUUACCCCUGCCCAGCUUACACAUACAAAUUUCCAGCGUCCCUAUUGUAGUUCUCUAAAAAGACUUGAUUUUGCGUACACAAUGCACUGUUGUCCCGCCGCCAUGUUAAUCCUUGUUCUCAGCGCCUAUCGUUUACGGACGUGUCUUUGUGGCAUUUUUAGAUUUUCGAGUUCCAUAACCUUUCGUGUUGGUGAAUUAACUUGAUUUCUGAUUACAAAUAAAGAACUAUUUCGUAUCUAUUGCUAAGAGUGCUUA